AUGUGGAGAGCAGUUUCUGAUGCUCUACCAACUUGUCUCCAACUGGUUACUAAGUGUGUAAGUAUUUCCCCUACUUGUCCUGUUUGCCUUCAACAUGUUGAGACAGCUUCUCAUAUUCUUCUCAACUGCCCUCUUGCUUUAAGUUGUUGGCAAAAAGCUGAUUUGAUCCCUCAUGCUGAUCCGAAUGGUACUAUUGGACACUGGCUUGACAGUGUGUUUAAUAGAUAUGAUGAUGAUGUUAUUUGUCGUGUGGUUUUGAUUUGUUGGGCUCUUUGGAAAGCAAGAAACAUCUUAGUUUGGGAUAAAAAAGCUUCCUCUUCUACUCAAAUUCUCACUUCGGCUUGGGUUACUCUUGAUCAUCGGCGAAAAGCUCAAGAUAAAACAUGUUUAUUAUCAUCCUCUCUCUUGCAUGAUGGUAGUAACAUUGAGCAAUGGACGACACCUGCUUCUAAUACGGUUAAGAUCAAUGUCGAUGGUGCAAUAUUUGAGAAGGAAAAUGCCUAUGGGUUUGGUGUGGUUGCACGUGAUUCGAAUGGCCAACUUAUCGACUUUAUUGCCAAAUAUUACCAUAGGAAUUACAAGGCUGAGGUUGUUGAGGCUUUAGGGGUUAAGGAGGCCCUUAGUUGGUUAAAAGCCAAAGGGUGGAGCACGAUUGAGGUGGAAACUGACAACCUACUCACUGUUCAAGCAAUCUUUUUUUUUUUUUUUUGA